AUGGCGGCUCUCGAUAUCUGCGUGAAGGUUGCUGUUGGUGCUCCUGAUGUUCUCGGUGACUGCCCGUUCAGCCAACGUGUUCUUCUAACACUCGAGGAGAAGAAAAUUCCUUACAAGAUCCAUCUGAUCAACGUCUCCGACAAACCCAAAUGGUUUUUAGACAUUAGUCCUGAAGGCAAAGUUCCUGCGAUGAAACUUGACGGCAAAUGGGUGGCUGAUUCAGACGUCAUCGUCGAGAUCCUCGAGGAGAAAUAUCCAGAGCCUUCUCUCAAGACUCCUCCUGAGUUCACCUCUGUUGGAUCCAAAAUCUUUAGUGCUUUUGUGACUUUCUUGACAAGCAAAGAUCCUAAUGACGGUUCCGACAAGGCUUUGGUUAACGAGUUAGAAGCCCUGGAGAAUCAUCUUAAGACACAUCCUGGUACUUUUGUAGCUGGAGAGAAACUCACUGCGGUUGAUCUGAGUUUAGCACCAAAGCUUUACCAUCUUGAGAUCGCUCUUGGUCAUUACAAGAACUGGUCUGUCCCUGAGAGUUUGACCAAUGUUCGUAGCUAUGCUAACACUUUGUUCUCUAGAGAGUCGUUCGAGAAAACCAAAGCUAAGAAGGAGUUUGUUGUCGCUGGUUGGGCAUCUAAGGUGAACAAGUGA